CUCCAUUCACGACUCCGCCCACUGGUCCCACCUGUCAUUUCGACCGGGCGGUGAGGUUUUCAGUUCCCACUAGCCGGUACAAUUAUCUGGCUCAACGAAGUUAAACCUAAUUCACCUCUGUUUCAUUACAAGGACUCUAAGUUGACAUUGAAUCAUGGCGGUGAACACAGGCACCUCUCUAGUGCUGUCCAGUCUGCUGUCAGUGCUGGUAUUUGCUGGGAUGCAGAUGUUCAGUAAGCAGCUGGGAUCUACUGAGUGGCUCACCAUCCUGGGAGGUUUCCUGGGCUCAGUCCUCUUCAUCUGCUCCCUCACUGCAUUUAAUAAUCUGGAAAACCUGAUUUUUGGGAAAGGAUUCCAAGCAAAGAUAUUUCCAGAGGUUCUGGUGUGCCUGUGCCUGUCACUGUUUGCCUCUGGUCUGGUACACCGUGUCUGUGUCACCACAUGCCUGAUUUUCUCACUCUUCGCCCUGUACUACAUCAACAAAGUAUCUGCCGCUCUCUACCAAGCAGCCGUUCCCAUGGUAACGCCAGCCAAGGCUGCCAGCAAGGGCAAAAGGAAGAACUGAUGAAUCUGUUGAAUCCCACUUGUGUCCAGUUAAUCAGUCUAUAUUGUCCAGGUGCUGAUGGCCAGUGCAACACAACAGUUGCAUAUUUUGUAACAAUUUCUUAAAUCCAUAACCCUUGGUAUAUUUCUGCAGGCUUUUUAAACAUUUGGUUUCGGAUUAUUACUUGGCAAGUGAUGAAAUUUGUAAUCAAUAUACCAGCAUAGUUAUAUAUUUUUUUUUACAGUGAUCUCAAAUUUGAAUUGUGGAGAAAUGUCCCUGGUACAUCAAAGGCCAUAAAAAAAGCUAAAUGGCUAUCGACAUUCCAUUGAUAUCCUUUUCCUCAGCACUCUUUUUACACUGGUUGCAAAGAGAUUCAUACAUCGCAUCAUGUUAUUUGUAUAUUCAUCAGCGCACGAAUUUGCUGUUUUGUUUAAUUCAUUUUGUAAUUAAACCCUGUAAAAGAC